GAUUACCCGAUAGUUAAACGUAAUGAUGGUAAAGAGUAUUUACGAAUUAGAUUCACAGAUCAUAGUAAACGAAGAUCAGUUAUUCAAGCCAUUCACCAAGAUAAAUUCAAGUCAUAUACGAUCUAUGAAGACCCACUUAGUGGUAAAUAUGGACAAUUUAUCGCUCGUAGUCGAAUAUAUACAAAUAGGAAAGAAGACUAUUUCCAUGUUUCAGAUUUCUUUAUACUUAAGGAUGAAACACAUGUACUCUCAAUAGACGAACAUGAGAACUACCUUAAAUAUGACAAAAAUGUUAUAUUUUUAGAUGAUGAAUUCUUUUGCAAUGAGAUAGUAUAUGCAUUUGAUCUGGAAACAACGUUUUUACAAAACUUCAAUCAUGAAAUUAAAAAAAAGGAUAUGGUUGGACGUGGUAGUACCCCAUUUGACCGUGUAUACAUGAAUAUUAGUGUUUUUACCCAAG